AUGGAACGGAAUGUCGCUACAGCUGCGAGGGAUAGAGACUGGGAGGAGGUUCGACGACUGGUUGAAGAAGGAGGGAACGUGAAUGACGUGGAUACAAAGUCGAAAGGUACAGCUCUACACUGGGCUGCCGAGAAUGGAAAUUCAGAUAUUUGUUCGUUCUUGCUGUCACGAGGCGCGAAGAUCAAUCUGAAAGACAAAGAUGGACAAACGCCGCUUCAUCUUGCUGCUGCUAAGCAUCAUGUUCGUACCUGUCAACUGUUAGUUCAUGUGUACAAAGCCGAUGUUACUUCUGUUAACUAUUGUGGUCAAACUCCUCUUCACAAAGCUCUUAUUAAGACUUUGUGUGACUCUCCCACUGUGUAUCGUCUACUGAUAACAAAUGAGAGUGUGAAUGUAGCAGAUCGUCAUGGUAACCGCGCUAUACACUUAGCAGUUAGAUUUGGUGACAUUCAGACUGUCCAGCUGUUAGUGGAUUCAGCUGGUGGAAAGAAAGACUUUCCUGAAUUGUGUUCUAUGUUACUAGAACAUAAUGCCAAGAUUGAUGCAGUGGAUAAAGAUGGAAACCAACCAUUGCACUUGGCAUGUAGACAAGGUCAUACAAAAUCAAGUAAUCUGUUGCUCUCUAGUGAAGCAGAUGUAAAUGCAUUGAAUGAAAAUGGACAAACACCACUACAUACAGCAGCUGGUGGAGAGAAAGACCAUCCUGAAUUGUGUUCUAUUUUACUAAAACAUAAUGCCAAGAUUGAUGCAGUGGAUAAAGAUGGAUUACUCUCUAAUGGAGCAGAUGUAAAUGCAUUAAAUAAAGAUGGACAAACACCACUACAUACAGCAGCUGGUGGAGAGGAAGACCGUCCUGAAUUACAAGAGCAUGCAGCAACUGCAAAUUUAUUGUUAUCCUGUGGAGCUGACGUGACUGUUCUAUACAAGCAACAAAGAGAAUAUCUAGGUUUGGCAAAUAAGUCUACUUUGAAGUCAGAUCAAGAACAGAAUAAACCACACAAGAGUGAAUGGCUCAAAUUAGUGGCCAAGUCACUAACUGGUGAAGCUGUUGAAUUGACAGCAAAAUCAUCUGAUACUGUUGCCACCUUGAAGCAGCAAUUACAAACCAAGAAUGGCCCAUCAUCAUGGGAUCAACUGCUUGUGUUUAAGAAGAAGCAACUACACGAUGAGCAAACGUUGGCUGAUGCAGGAGUGACUGAUGGAACAAUACUGAAUGUCGUUCUUUGUCCUCGUGGUGUGACAGGCAUGGGAGCUGAUGCGGCUGAGCUAUUUCUUCGAGCUUUAUCACAAGGAAAAGUCGAAGUAAGUCGAGUGAAGAUUGUCAUUGCUGGUAGAGACAGAACGGGCAAGACGUCAUUUAAACGAUCUUUGCUCAAACUGAAGUUUCAGAUAAUUGAACUAAGCACACCUGUGGCAGUGGAAGAAUUGGCAGUGUGUGAAGCAUCGAACUGGAAACUUGUGAAUGACAAAGGCAAAGAAUUUUUAGACAAACAAAUAGCUAGAGCAGCAGUUCAUGCAAAUGUUUCAGAUAGUGAAGAUGACAAUAAAUAUGACAAUGAAAGAACAUAUGUAGAUCAUCAAAGUGAGGUUGAGAUUGACGUGUCAGUCGAUAGAAAAUCUACAUCAACUGAUACAAGACAAAGUGGCAUUAACACGGACAAACUUGAUGAAGCAACUGACCAACUUGAUGAAGCAACAUUUCUAACUAAAGAAAUUGCUUGUGCUAUUACAGAUUUCCAAAGUGAUCCUGACCUCUUAAAGCAGGAAGAUUCAAAAGUUCACAUUGCCAUGUGGGAUUUGGGAGGUCAGGAGCCACUUCUUCCUGGUCAAGGAGAAGCCAUCACACCAGGAUGUGUCGUUUGUGUUGUAUUUAAUGCAUCUGAGUUUCUAGGUGACAAGGCCAAGUCUUUCUAUUUUCCUUUUGCUGACUCAAAACCAAUUCCAAUCAACAAUCACUGGAUAGUGACAAACUAUGAUGCUGUGGCUUUAUGGGCAUCCAUGACUUUUUUGGCAGGAGAUGUUGAAAGUCUUGAAGGCCUUUUGUCUUGUCUUCACAUCGGCAAGUCAAAGGGAUGUGCAUCACCAGUGAUGUUGUUGAUUGGAACACACAUCAAUGAUGCCGAUGAAGAAAUGAUCAAGAAGCAGAACGAAUUUCUGUCUAAAAUGUUUUGUAAUAAAGCAUUUCAGAAGCACAUCCUUCGACCAUCUAACCAGGCUAAUGAUUGGUUCUUUCGUGUUGAGAAUUCGGUGUCUGAUCCUGACAGUGCAAGUGAGGAUGCAGGCGUGAGUGCAGUGAAGCAAGUCAUUGAAGAGAUGGCACAUGAUGUGUCACCUAAACGUCUGAUACCAGCCACUUGGUCAGUUCUAGAGAAGAUUCUUGAUUCUUUAGAAAUCAAGUUGGGCAGUGCUCUUUCCAAUGUCAAUGAUAUCAUGCAUUUUGCCCAUCGAUUGUGUCGUAUGUCAGAAGAGAAAGAAGUUCGUCUUGCUCUGACAUAUUUAGAUGAAGCCGGAUCAGUAAUUUAUCCUCAGAAACAUGAGAAGCUGAAGAACACAGUCGUCACCAAACCAAGCUGGAUUUUCAUGGUUUUCUCAGUUGUGGCAUCUGUCACUACUCGACCUCCUCCUUUACUGAGUGAAGAUUGGGAUCGAGUUCGGCAAGUAGGAAUUGCUUCUUGGGAACUCAUUCAUCAUCGACUGAAAAAAGCAGGAGUGAAGCCAGAAGAGUAUGAAGAUGUACUCAAUUUGUUGAAUUUGUAUUUUAUUCUUUGCCUCAAACCUUGCCUGGCCCAACCUCUUCCUUUAUCAGUUUCUUAUAAAACAGAAUACUUUGUUCCAUGUUUGCUAGAAGUCGAGUCAAAAGGUCCAUUUGCAGCUGUUCAUUCAGUUCCUCCUCGGCCAAUGUCACUUAUCAUUUUGUCUCAUAAAAUUGAGUUUAUUCCUGAGCAGUUGCAUUUUAGGCUGAUGACGUGUUGCAUUGAGAAAUAUCCUGAUGAACCAAAGUUGACACGUAAUAAGUGUGUAUAUCGAGUUGAGAAAGAUGUCAAGUUGGAAGUGAUUUAUCACUUGAAGAAAUAUAUCAUUGUCACUAUUGACACACAACGGCCACUUCAUGAAAUUGCAUGUCUGUGUACAGACAUCCGUCUGUUCAUCACUAAAAAGCUGCAUGAAGUGAAGACACCAGGGUUGUCUCGUUUUCAGUUUACAUUGAAUAUUCAACAUCCCGGAGCAGCCAUUCCCGUGGCUGUGAACAAGGUGGUAUGUAUAGACAAGUAUAUACCAAGUGAGGACACAAUAUUGAGGACAAACAUAGACAGAGACGAUGUCAAUCUGGAUCACAAUGAGAAAGCUGCAUUAGACUGUUGGUUUUAUGAAGAGAAAGAUGAUACAUCAGGAAAUUCUCGACGACAGUCACUGACAGUACAAGCAAACACCAAAUGUACGGCUAAGGAUUUGGUGAAAGUAGCUGACAAACUCUGUCAUUGUUGGCAAAGGCUUGUGUUGAAUUUGUCAGCCAAGUUUUUCAUAGACAAGACAGAAAGGAUUGAAAGAGAUAUCAGAGACGAUUGCUACAGACAAGCUGUAAAAGCAUUGUGCAUGUGGACUGAUGAAUUUGGUGACGAAGCCAACCAGGCAGCAAUGAUAUGGACAAUGUGUAGCAUGGGGUGCAGGUCUCAGGCUGAAGAUGUUUUCAGUCGCAGUUUGGUGUCGCACGUUUGCUCAUUGAAAUGACUGUGUUUGUCUUCACUUGUAGCCAGACUUUACUAUUAGCUGUUGUACAUUAGCAUCAACAUUAUUUAGUUUUUCUUGAUUUGCAUUGUUGCCAUCAGAUGGGUAGACCUAUUAUUGGGUCGACUAUAGAUACGUACAAAAAUAUAUAGAUACAUGUUUACAUUAAAUUAUA